AUGGUCCAAAGGGGACUGGCGGCAGUGGACUGCCGCGACUUGAAGCGCCGACAUAGCUUCAUCAUCCACGUCAUGCAGCGCAUUGUGAAUUUCGACGUCAAUAUUGCAGGUGGGAUGAUCUCGUCUCUUCGCCGACCCGUCAUGCGACGCAUGAUGUCCUCGCACGCACUGCCUUUCGCGGCGGCGUCCAACGUCCUCGAUGGCAAAAUCAACACCAAGUCCAAAGACUUUCUCGACAGCAUUGAGCGCAUGAAUGAGCUGACGAGCGAACUGAAGGGUCGCUUGGAUGUCGUCCGCCUCGGUGGUGGUGAAGCGGCCCGCGCAAAGCAUGUGGCGCGCGGCAAGCUGCUCGUCCGAGACCGCAUUGACUCAUUGGUGGACCCGGGCAGUGCGUUCUUGGAACUGUCGCCUCUCGCCGCCCACGACAUGUACGGUACGCCCAUCCCCGCGGCCGGCAUUGUCACUGGGAUCGGUCGCAUCCACGGCGUGGAAUGCAUGAUCUUGGCGAACGACGCCACAGUGAAGGGUGGCACGUACUUUCCCAUGACGGUCAAGAAACAUUUGCGCGCGCAAGAAAUUGCGCGCGAAAACCGGUUGCCAUGCAUUUACAUGGUGGACUCUGGCGGUGCGUUUUUGCCGCUCCAAGCCGACAUUUUCCCCGACAAGGAGCACUUUGGCCGAGAAUUCUACAACCAAGCCAACAUGAGCGCGGCGGGGAUUCCCCAGAUCGCCGUCGUGAUGGGGUCAUGCACCGCCGGCGGCGCGUACGUCCCAGCCAUGAGUGACGAAAGCGUGAUCGUGCAAGGCAACGGCACCGUGUUCCUCGGCGGUCCGCCGCUUGUCAAGGCCGCGACGGGCGAAGUCGUGACGGCGGAAGAGCUCGGCGGCGCGGACGUGCAUUGCCGGACGUCGGGCGUGACGGACCACUUGGCCAAGAACGACGCGCACGCGAUCGAGAUUGUGCGCCGCAUCGUGUCCAACUUGAACUGGACGUCCAAGGCUUCCGUGAAGCAGUCGUUCACGGACGUCGAGGAGCCAGUGUUCGACCCGGCCGAGCUCGGCGGCAUCAUCCCAGUGGAUAGCCGCAAGCCGUUUGAUGUGCGCAAGGUCAUUGCACGCAUCGUGGACGGGUCCAAGUUUGACGAGUUCAAGCAGCACUACGGCACGACCAUCGUGACUGGGUUUGGUCGGCUGUACGGACGCCCCGUGGGGAUCAUCGCGAACAACGGCAUCUUGUUCUCCGAGUCGUCGGUCAAGGCAGCGCACUUCAUCGAGUUGUGCUGCCAGCGCCAGAUUCCGCUGCUGUUUCUCCAAAACAUUACGGGGUUCAUGGUGGGCAAGAAGGCCGAGCACGGCGGGAUUGCCAAGGACGGCGCCAAGCUCGUCACGGCCGUGUCAUGCGCCAACGUGCCCAAGGUCACGUGCAUCAUUGGCGGGAGUUACGGCGCCGGCAACUACGGCAUGUGCGGCCGCGCGUUCAGCCCGCGCUUCCUGUACAUGUGGCCCAACGCCAAGAUCUCGGUCAUGGGCGGCGAGCAGGCGGCGGGGGUGCUCGCGACUGUCCAGCGCGACAAUCUGGAACGUGCGGGCAAGACGUGGACCGCGCAAGAGGAAGCGGCGUUCAAGCAGCCGACGCUCGACAAGUACGAAGUCGAGAGCUCGGCGUAUUACUCGACUGCGCGGCUGUGGGAUGACGGGAUCAUCGACCCCAAGGACACGCGCAAGGUGCUGGGACUGAGCUUCAGCGCCGCCUUGAACGAAGUGCCGACGCCCACCAAGUUUGGGGUGUUUCGCAUGUAG